UUAAAACCUAUGUCAUGUAUGGCGCUUUUGGACUAUUUUGCUUUCCGUACAACCUGACGGUUGUCAUGGAAACGUUUUGUUGCGCUCUUGUCCGACAUGACUCGGGUACGAGCACAGAACGCCAACUGGUCUAACUUUCGGUGAUGGCCUCCUCCCAGCGUGACGUCAUCGACUUUUCCGCCCUGGAAAAAGAGUUGCGGACGAGCGUGGCGUCCGAACGCAAAUACAAACGGGAGAACGACGCCAAGCUGAGAGCCGUCAGUCAGGGCGUGUCCUCCUACCAGCAGUUCAGAGACAUGGUUCUCACCUGUCACCUGAAACCGCUGGACCAGGACGACAAGAACGCUCCACGCAAACAACCAUGGAACCCUCUGGUUGGCCCCGACAUCAAGCACGCCGUGACCCCUGACCCUGAUUACAGACGUGACUCCUGAUUCUUCACAGUGUGAUGGUAUCGAUAUCAGAUAUCAGUCCGAUAUCAUGAAAAAAACAAGUAUGUGAUGAUAUCAGCUUACAUGUAAAAUGUGUGAUAGCAUGUCUAAUACAAGCAGUCAUGCAGCGUUUUUACUAGUGCGCGAUAUCAUGUGCGAUACAAGCAGUCCUGCAGUGUUUACUUGUGUGUGAUAUCAUGGAACCAAUAUUGCAGUGUGACACAGCACAUUUGUCAAAAUAAACAAGUGUCAAAUAAUUAUAGUUGCAUAUAAAGUCUCCAAGCAGAAGGGUAUUAGGAAGUAUCCAGUAACAAACGUGUCCGCAUCAACCUAAAGGGGUCAUAUUUUGAUUUUUUUUCUACAUGUAGAGACUUUAUUGUGGUCUACAUAACAUGUAAUAUUGGUCCUUUGGUCAAAAUGUUGCAUAGAUUAUGUUUUACAGAUCAUCUUUAAGCUGCUUUCUUUUGCGGGUGGUCUUUUUUACGUGCCUCCACUUCGACGAGUAGUUUUUAACACUUCCAUAGCGAGUCUACUGACGGAUAUAAGUCCGAACUAUACGCUUGUGCAUGUACGAGCCAGUCUGCCUGACAACAAGAGGAUAGAGAAAUAUAUUUGUAGUACAGUAUUUCUCACUGGUCAUCAAUAAUAUUAAUAAUAAAUACUUGUCAAAGUGUACUCACAUAUUUGUAGUACUUAUCAUUGGUCAUCAAUAAUAUUAAUAAUAAAUACUUGUCAAAGUGUACUCACAUAUUUGUAGUACUUCUCACUAGUCACCAAUGAUAUUAAUAACCAAUACUUGUGAAAGUGUACUCACAUAUUUGUAGUACUUCUCAUUGGUCAUCAAUAAUAUUAAUAACAAAUACUUGUCAAAGUGUACUCACAUAUUUGUAGUACUUUUCAAUAGUCAUCAAUAAUAUUAUUAACAAAUACUUGUCAAAGUGGACUCACAUAUUUGUAGAACUU